CCGCCGUUGACCUGGCCGGGGUUGGGCCUCCGUCCGACCAGGUUGCCUUUCUCCUGUCGGUCCUACCCGCAGCUGAAGAUGAGUCCGAGUCUGGGUGAUUGCCACUGUUGCUCUGUUAAUCUGCGGUUGGGUAAUUUUGUUAUAUUUUGUGUCUGCUCAGUUUUAUUAAUAAUUGCAGGAUCGAUGUAUUUUUAUUGCGGCAUUCUCUGGCCUAAAGGCUGUAAAUCAAAAAGGUUUUGAUGGGUGGCAGGUCUGAUCGCUCCAUAGGCUUUAGCCACACGCUUCCCAUUCCCAUUCCAAGCCAAGCCCCCUCACGAGGAAAGGCCGGGCUGGGGUCAGGGACUUCCAGGCUGCUCCGGCCUGCUCCUGGCCUCUGGGAGGGCAGCCCCGCUGGGUCCUCUCCACGCGACGCAAUGCGGGAUGUUCCUCUGUGACCUCCUUGCCCGGGGCCUGGGAGAAGCAGCAAGCCGUGCACUUUCACAGGAUCCGCAGUCACUCGUUUGUGUCCUCUGGGAGGAGGCAGAUGCCGCCUUUCUCUGGUCCACCAGUGGACGCUCUCCUUGGCUGGCUCCAUCUUCUUCCUCAACCUUCCUGGCUCUGCUUCUUCAACAGCGGUGGGCUGAGUAACCUGCUGUACAAGUGCUCUCUGCCGGAUCACAUCGUGACUUCGGAGAAUGAGCCGCGCCAGGUCCUGCUGCGCAUCUAUGGCGUCAUCCUCCAGGGGGUCGACUCGCUGGUGCUCGAGAGCGUCAUGUUUGCCAUCCUGGCUGAGCGGGCCCUGGGACCACGGCUGUAUGGCAUCUUCCCGCAGGGACGCCUGGAAGAAUACAUCCCGAGCCGCCGCCUGGUCACGGAGGACUUGCCGGACCCCAGCAUCUCAGCGGAGAUCGCAGUAAAGAUGGCACGCUUCCAUGGCAUGGUGAUGCCCUUCAACAAGGAGCCCAAGUGGAUGUUUGGGACCAUGGAGAGGUACCUGAAGCAGAUUUCCGAACUUACAUUUUCCCAGGAAGCCCAGCGGCACAAGCUCAGUCAGCUCAAGGCAUACAACCUGGAGGCCGAAAUGUGCAGCCUCAGGGCUCUGCUGGAGGCCACCCCAUCCCCUGUGGUUUUCUGCCACAACGAUGUACAAGAAGGGAACAUUCUGCUCCUGGCUGGCCGUGAGGCCUCCUCUCCUGACCGGCUCAUGCUGAUCGACUUUGAGUACAGCAGCUACAACUACAGGGGCUUCGACAUUGCCAAUCACUUCUGCGAGUGGGUCUACAGCUAUGCCCACGAUCAGUGGCCUUUCUAUAAAGCCAGCCUAGAGAACUACCCCAGCCACGAGCAGCAGUUACACUUCAUCCGGUGUUACCUGGAGGAGGCAGGUGGGAAGGCCGCAGCCCCCUCGCCUGAAGAGCAAGAGCGCCUGGAGGCCGAGAUGCUGCUGGAGAUCAGCCGGUUCACGUUGGCCUCCCAUUUCUUCUGGGGCCUGUGGUCUAUCUUGCAGGCCAAGAUCUCCACCAUUGAGUUCGGCUACCUGGAGUAUGCCCAGUGCCGCUUUGAGGCCUACUUCCAGCAGAAGGCCAGGGGCAAGUGACUGUUAGCUGGCCUGACCAGGUGCAACAUAGGUGGACCUGAAGGACCAAGGCUGGAGGGUUGGCUGGCCAGCCCUUCUUCUGCAACACAGCCUGUCUUCGUAUGUGCUUAGGUACAGUUCAUCAAUGCCUGCAUUUUACAACUAACCCAAUUUUGGGGGUUCCAGUGACACGCUGCAGGGACCUGGACCGGCUGUGGGGGUCAGGAGGAGGAGACUCUGUGCUCCAGUGGUUCACCUCCUUCCUCAGCGGGCGGUUCCAGUCAGAUUCAGUGGGGGGAGGGAGAUUGCUUCUGCUGCCCCUCACACGUUGGGCACCUCAGGACUUGACCCUCUCCUGUUCAACAUCUACAAGAAACCACUGGGUGAGGUCAUCCGCCAUUUCGGGGUGUGGUAUCAUCAGUAUGCUCUACCCCCUGGGGCAGAGAUGUUGCCAUCUUGAAUGGGGAAGUGCGUGGGGCUGCACUUCCCCAUUCAAGACUGGUGCGCAACUUGGGGGUCCUUCUGGACUCGCAACUACUGCUCAAAGAGCAGGUGGCAGCUGUGCCCAGGAGGGCCUUUGCACAGGUUCAUCUUGCGCACCAGUUGCACCCUUCAGAUGCUCACUCGUGUCCUGGUCACUUCACGAUUGGAUUACUGCAGUGCGCUCUACCUGGGGCUUCCCUUGAAGACAACCCAGAAGCUACAGCUGGUUCAAAAUGGAGUGGCACAAGCAGUAAUGGGCACCUCUUGGUGUGCCCGUGUGUCCACUGCACUGCUGCAUGAGCUGUGUUGGCUGCCAGUCGGCUUCCAAAUGCGAUUUACAGCACUGGUUAUUGCCUGUAAAGCCCCGCAUGGCUCAGGGCCUGGAUGUCUGAGGGACUGCUCAUCUCGGAUCAUUUUUGCCCGUCCAGUGUGUUCCAGCAGAGUGGGUGCGCUCCAGUUCCCCUCCAUUAAAUGUCAUCUUGUGGGACCUAGGAAGCGUGCCUUCUCUG